CUUGUAGUAUACAAUGUUCGGUUAAAAAAUGUCGUUUUCUUCUGGUUUCAUCGAUAGUGUUGCAUUUGUGUGAAAUGGCUUAGUAAUUAUGUUUUCAGUUACAAAGUUGGACUCGUUGCAUGAAUACUGGUUUAAAGUGCCCGCCGUUGCAUCUUAAUUUGCUAUUUAAUGGACAUUUUGUGGCUUACUGGCAUUUGACACCAUGGUAACUUUGUUUUGUAGACAUGGCAAGUCAAGCCGGCGGAUGUUGUGGCCUUUGUCUUUCUAAGUUAAGUGUUAUUCUACGGUAAAACAUGCCAAUCCAGCUAUAUUUUAUUGUAAAAGAACUCAGUUGGGAUCAGGUAUAAAUCAGAACCAUACUGAAGCAACUUCUUCUGUGCAUGCUGUCUUGUGACCUUCUAAAGCUGUAAUGAAAUCCAGUGGGCCUGUGUUUACAAGGAAGAAUCCCUUUCAACCAGCAUCCAGAGUGGGGAAGGGAUCCUACUACCCAUCUCACAACCAGUCCCUGUCAAAUAAAAAGAAAAAAACUACUUUGAUUCCUGUACGCUCAAACCAGCAAUCCAGUCCACAAUUACACGCUCAGAGCCCAGAGAGCCAACGGCUGGUUGAGCCACAUGGCCAAUAUUUUGCUGCCCCAGAUGUACAACCUGUUUUUGCAGAGUCCUGGCCCUCCACUGAGUGUGGAUCUUCUGCUGCCAGCAAUACAACUUCAUCUGACAUGGAGACACAUAAACAGUCUGCAAGAGCUGGAAAAUCCACAGAUACCUCAGAGCUAGGAGUUCAGCAGGACUCCGUAAUGGCAAAGUACAUAGAUCGCUUUCGCCAUGGUCGACCACAGAGUCGAGAGGAGCGCCAGCAGAUGCACUCUGUCAUUGGAGAGAAGCAGCUGCCUUUUUGGUGGAUGCCACCCUCAUCUUUACCCCGCAGUUCUUCAGACACGGAUGGACCAUCCAUUUACAGUCCAGCCGUACAGCACCAACACGACGCGUCCCUUUCCCCGUGCAGAGGAUCGCUUAGUAUUUUGUCAGACACAUAUUGGGGUGAAUUAGAUGACACAGAGAUCCUACACCUUCAAGAAAAGGCCAGCAGACUUCUGCUGAAAGGUGAAUGUACUCUGAGUGAUGGAUCUAUCCCUGUCAGCUCAGAGGGUCUGGAAUGCUCCGAUUUCUCUUCCCCAGUCAGUGUUGAGGAGCCAGCACGAAGACGACUGAUUCACAGUUUAAUAAGAUCUACUGACCCAGUUCCAGCUGUGUCCCCCUGCGUCAUUCCUUCACUGGUGCCCCCCACACGCCGGGAAGAUGACAUCUUGUUCCAGUGGCGUUUAAGGAGAAAGAUGGAGCAGGCCAGGGAGCGGCCCCAGUCCCUGCAACAAUCCAGUCACCACGGUCCCACUUUUAGCUGGCAGGGCCCCAUUUCAAGCCAUCCUUCAGCCAGUGGACAGACUUGGUUUGAGUCAAAACAACAUCAGAGUAAACAACCUCCUGAAAUCUCACAGAAAGCUUCACAUUCGCACAUCACUGCUCCCCAGCCAGAGACCAAAGAAGUCCCCGGACCAUAUCCCCCAGUUUCAGGUCCACCUCCUGGCUCUUCAGUCCCUUAUCCCCAGACUGUUGCUCAUGUUCCUGCCCAUAUGCAUUUACUCUGUGAAGUCUUGCCCUUUCCCAUCCAGUCAUCUUGUGCUAGCACACAACAAAACAUUUCCGGUAGUAAAGAUGAGUCUCAGACAAAAGUUGUCAGAAAAAAGACACAAGUCCCUGGAGACUCGGUGAACAACUUCAUGAAUAAGAGUAUUUCUGAACAUAUGCCAUCCCCACCACCGGCUUCAUCUGGAGCUAUAAAAAGAGCAGGACUUAGUCACCACAAAACAUCUGAGAGGGAGAAUGCUCUGACGGGAGAGUCAGAGAAGAAUGAGAGGAAGACAGCUCCGUCCUUCAGAAAGCAGAAGAAAUCAGCAAGAUAUACUGCAGAUAGAGAACAUGCUGAUGGCCCUGGCUCUACAAACAGGAGUUCUUCACAUCAACGAGUUUCUGCUCAUAAGGUCAUGCCGUGGGCAGCGCAGCAGCAACAGGAGGGAAGCCAGGGGUUUCCCUGUGAGAGCAGUACUGGCGAUCAUGCACCACCCCCUUCUCCAAUCCACAGUGCCUUAGGACAGGUAGUUUCAGAGGUACUGUUUCCCCCAGUGGAUUUAUCUUCAGCACCUGACUCGGCGGUUUCUCCUACCUGCACUUCCUCUGCACCUCCACAUUCUUCAGUUCCUCCAUGCGAUGUGCAGAACUCAAUGGAGGUCCUUUCACAGCUUCUGCAAGAAGCUGAAGAUUCUGAUGAAAAAGAGUUUGAAGAUGACCCUUUAUUACAAGUCCUUCGCAAGCAGAGAAGAUGGGUAAAGGAGCAGAUCAGUGAAGUGGACUCUGUGUUACAGAGCAACAAGUUACUUGAACGUUGACAAGAGGCACUUGAUGGUGUCACUUUUUAUUUUAAAAAGAAAUUUAUUGUUUUCAUUUUUGAAGAACUAUUGCCACAUUAAAGAGUUUGGAGAUAUGUUAGUGUGCAUCAUUAAUCACAAUUACAAUACAGUGCAUUUUACAACAAAAACAGCAAUUUGAACUUUCAAAUGCAGAAUAUUUACAAAGAAUGGUUCCUUAAAACAUAAUGUAAGAUUGAUGAGUAAUAGUAGAGCAGUAUAUACAAACCUCAGAGAGUAGGGAAUAUUAGAACAGUGCCAGGA